UGUGAAAUUAAACGAAUUUUACAUUUAUUUUAUGCUAUCUUAAGCUUUACAAAAAUAGUUAAAUAUCUGAUGAUGUCAGUCAGAGCAGAGACUGUUGCCUUCGGUCCUGUAAGACGAGGUAUGUAUUAUGUGCUCGUUUUCAUUAUAACCUCCUUUAUUUGUAGAGGAGUGCGAGAAAGUGUGUGCACAUUGUGUUUUUACAGUGCGAUCCUCACCAUUGAAGUUAGCAGUUCACAUCUUCACAAACAAGAAAUUUGUGAGAAUACAGCUUGUCACUCUGUCUUUGAACAGUCUAAAGCAUGACCUUUAAUUGCUAAUAUAUCCUUCUCUGAAUACAAAUAUCCAGUUUAUGGGUCACUCCUCUAAAUUUCAGUGGCUGGCAGUGUUUAUGUGUAUAUUAAUCGCAAAAUAAAUAUGGUACAAAUGAGAAGGAGGUGGAAGAAAAAGCGUAGCCUGAGAUGUGUGAAGACAGUAUUCAGUAUGUGAACUUUUAAAUCCAAAAACCCAAUUUAUUAUCCCAUUGUGAUUAAAGAACUUUCAGCAGUGUGAAGAAAGCAACCCACGGAAGCCACUAAAUAGUAGACAUGGGCUUUGUCCGCCACUGAUUGCCUUUAAACCCUUCCAGAAAGCGAUAGUUAUUAAAUUCUCUAUAUCUCCGGAAUUAUGGGAAGCCUGUGAGAGUGCAAGCGUGGCUAUAAAUAAUGGGCGUCUCACUCGCACAGAAGCUGUUUGCAGAUGAGCACCUCUCCUCACAGUCGAUUGUUGCCUCUAAAAGAAGGGAUUGUUCGACCUGCUGCGAUGCAGCGUUUGCUUUCAGAAAUGGUGUCUGUGCAGUGUCGGUAGGAAUCUCUCAGUCAACAAGUUUGUUAGCUGGACCCCAAAUAAUUUUGCUUUAAUCAAGGAUUUAAUGUAUUUUACUAAAUAAACAAACUGACCCUCUUCCAGAACGAAUUUCAGUGUUGCUCUUCUUCAGCUUAACUUACGCUAUAGUUAAUGUUUAGAAUAAACUGCAGAAAUUAAUGCAUUUUGUGAACUACGUAAUAAACUAUGAUUUCUGCCUAAACUAUCGUGUUAUGUGUUGAGAGAGAUGCUAAUAGGUAUGUCUGCUGCGCAGGCCUUGCAGUUCUACUUUUUUGCAGAAUUCAUCUGAUGAAGGAGAUCUUAGUCCUGUAAGAUAUGAUUUAAAUCCAUCAAAAGUCACCUCUAGCAUGUAAAGGAUGUAGAAUGUAUGGGAUUUAACUUUUUUUUUUAUGUGCAGAGCACAAAACAUGUAGUGUACUGUUUCUUACUAUCAGUCUUCUCCGAGGCCUGCGUUGAGUCCAAGUACAGCUAGAAUCCACCUAUGUUUCCACACAAGAGAGCAACUGGUAAACACCCUUUCAAGUGGUGUUUUCCCUGAAGAGGGUGUCCCGGGGGAUUAACCUAGUGGACAUGUUCCAGCGUGAUUGAUGACGAGGAUUGUGCAGGAGGACAGCGGUGCUGCAGAGACUCCUGCAGUGCCAAGACUGUGUCCCUUCCUGGAGGUGGUGCAUCACCGGCUGCCUUAUGGGGUGUAGCUGCGUAAUGAGUGGAAAAUGUGCAUGAGGACGGGUUGCCUGCUCGUCAAUACUCUAAUAAAUUACUUUUUAUUGAAUAUCAUUUCAGGACUGAAAAAUUUGCAGUGGAACCCAUUCCCAAGUAGCAGGCCUUGAUGGACACCAUUAAUAAAAAAUCAAAACCGUCCAUUCCUGACUUUACAGAGGACACCCCACAACCGGAAAGGGCGACGCAGCCCGCUGACGACGACAGAGGCUGUGACAAAGAGACACCUAAGGCUCCUUUCCAGCUGUUUGCUGAGUUCCUGAAGUCGGUUAUGGGGAAAGACUACACCCGUGCUCACAAACUGUGUCGGAUGAUUCUUAUUUAUGAGCCUGAGAACCCAGAGGCCAAACAAUUUAUUCCCCUCAUUGAAGAGAAGUUACAGAUGGAGCAGGAGGAAGGGUGGCGGGAGGAAGACGAGGACUCAGAUGUCAGUGAAGAAAGUGAGAACAUGAGUGACUCGAGCUGCAGCAGUACUGACAAUGAGGCAGUGUACUCCGAAAGCUCGGCAGAGGAAGAGGAGCGAAGCUAGCAAACUUGGAUCAGCCAGUGUUUUUGGGGCCACAAGUACACACCGCUGUGGCAUUUUCCUUCUGUAUCUCGGCUGUUUUUUCUCUCAGUCUGAUUAUUGUAAACAGAAAUUCAUGAGUGGCAGGUGCGGUGGUGCAGUGGGUUUAGCCAGGGCCUGCUCUCCGGUGGGUCUGGGGUUCGAG